CACGCGCAGAGCUUCCCAGAACCCUCAAGCUGGCUGUUCUUGUCCCUGCGGACAUCCUCUCAGUGCUGUACGGCGGCCGGCUCGGGCCAGAAGCUUGGGAUGAAUGGAAGUGCAGGGUGCAGGUUGAAUUAACUCUCUGCUUUUCCCUCUCUCCCGGUUGCUUCUGCCUUUUCUUUUUUUUUCUUUUUUUCCUUUUUGCAGUGUUCCCAUUCUGAUCCCCGCUCUGUCGACGACCCGGUUGGUCCAGCGUCAGAGUUCUUGGUGCCCGAGUCGACCCCGGGCAUAGCCGGUGUUUAGGGAUCCGGAUAAUCGCCUAGGCCCAACUUCGGACCGCGUUCUCGAUUUCUGCCCCGUCCGGCGCUCGGACGCGGUAUCCGAGAAGGUCUCUUGAGGCUGGAGGCUUGAUCUCAAGGAUCGAGAGAGAUGAUGCCUGAGUGCACAAGCCUUCAGUUUGUCAGCCCUUGUGCUUUUGAAGCCAUGCAGAAGGUGGACGUCGUUCGCCUGGCAUCUUUAAGUGAUCCAGAACUAAGACUUCUCUUGCCCUGCUUGGUGAGGAUGGCUCUUUGUGCUCCUGCCGACCAGAGCCAAAGCUGGGCUCAGGAUAAAAAACUUAUACUUCGCCUUCUGUCUGGAGUGGAAGCUGUCAACUCCAUUGUUGCACUGCUGUCUGUGGACUUCCACGCCCUGGAACAAGAUGCCAGCAAAGAACAACAGCUCAGGCAUAAACUUGGAGGAGGCAGUGGAGAGAGCAUCCUGGUAUCACAGCUUCAGCAUGGACUGACUCUAGAAUUUGAACACAGUGAUUCCCCUCGUCGAUUGCGGCUUGUGCUGAGUGAAUUGUUGGCAAUUAUGAACAAGGUGUCGGAGUGCAGUGGGGAGUUUUUCUUCAAGUCUUCUGAGCUCUUUGAGAGCGCCGUGUACUUGGAGGAGGCUGCGGAUGUCCUUUGUAUCUUACAAGCAGAGCUCCCUUCCUUGCUUCCUAUAGUGGAUGUGGCUGAAGCCUUGCUACAUGUAAGAAAUGGUGCCUGGUUCUUGUGUCUCUUGGUAGCCAACGUUCCUGAUAGUUUUAAUGAAGUUUGUAGGGGCCUGAUCAAAAAUGGAGAACGGCAGGAUGAAGAAAGCCUUGGAGGGAGGCGCAGGACAGACGCCUUACGCUUCUUAUGCAGAAUGAAUCCUUCUCAGGCCCUGAAGGUCCGGGGCAUGGUGGUGGAAGAAUGUCACUUGCCAGGCCUUGGGGUAGCUUUGACAUUGGAUCAUACCAAAACUGAAGCUUGUGAAGAUGGAGUGAGUGACUUGGUUUGCUUUGUCAGUGGCUUGCUUCUUGGAACAAAUGCAAAAGUCAGGACUUGGUUUGGAACCUUCAUUCGAAAUGGACAACAGAGAAGAAGGGAGAACAGCGGCUCGGUGCUUUGGCAGAUGAGAAGGCAGCUUCUUCUGGAGUUGAUGGGCAUUCUCCCCACAGUGAGGAGCACCCGUAUUGUGGAGGAAGCCGAUGUGGAGAUGGAGCCUACUGUGUCGGUGUACUCGGGGCUGAAAGAAGAGCAUGUCGUCAAAGCCAGCGCACUCCUACGUCUAUACUGUGCCUUGAUGGGGAUUGCUGGACUCAAGCCAACUGAAGAGGAAGCCGAGCAGCUGCUGCAGCUGAUGACCAGCCGGCCUCCCGCCACGCCCGCCGGGGUUCGCUUCGUUUCGCUGUCCUUCUGUAUGCUGCUGGCCUUCUCCACACUUGUCAGCACGCCGGAGCAGGAGCAGCUGAUGGUCGUGUGGCUCAGCUGGAUGAUCAAAGAAGAAGCCUACUUCGAGAGUACAUCAGGUGUCUCGGCAUCUUUUGGGGAGAUGUUGUUAUUGGUGGCCAUGUAUUUCCACAGCAACCAGCUUAGUGCUAUCAUUGACUUAGUCUGCUCCACUUUGGGGAUGAAGAUCGUGAUUAAGCCAAGCUCCUUGAGCAGGAUGAAGACCAUCUUCACACAGGAGAUCUUUACAGAGCAGGUUGUCACAGCCCAUGCAGUGCGAGUUCCUGUCACCAGCAACCUGAGUGCCAAUAUUACUGGGUUUUUGCCCAUUCAUUGUAUUUACCAACUUCUCAGGAGUCGAUCGUUUACCAAGCACAAAGUGUCAAUAAAAGACUGGAUUUAUAGACAGCUGUGUGAAACUUCCACUCCACUGCACCCGCAGCUGCUUCCUCUGAUUGAUGUGUACAUAAACUCUAUACUUACUCCUGCAUCUAAAUCUAACCCUGAAGCCACAAACCAGCCGGUCACUGAGCAGGAGAUACUCAACAUCUUCCAGGAAGUCAUCGGGGGUGACAGCGUCCGCCUUAACCAGCGCUUCAGCAUCACAGCGCAGCUUCUGGUGCUCUAUUAUAUCCUGUCCUACGAGGAAGCUCUCCUGGCAAACACAAAGACGUUAGCAUCCAUGCAGAGGAAGCCCAAGUCGUAUUCUUCUUCUCUAAUGGAUCAGAUUCCUAUCAAGUUUCUCAUUCGGCAGGCUCAAGGACUACAGCAGGAGUUGGGAGGGCUGCAUUCAGCUUUACUCCGUCUUCUAGCAACUAAUUACCCCCAUUUGUGUAUCGUGGAUGACUGGAUCUGUGAGGAGGAGAUCACAGGGACGGAUGCUCUGUUAAGGCGAAUGCUCCUGACUAGUAAUGCCAAAACCCACUCUCCGAAACAGCUGCAGGAAGCAUUUUCAGCUGUCCCUGUAAGUCACACACAAGUGAUGCAGAUUAUGGAGCACUUGACUCUACUUUCUGCCAGUGAGCUUAUACCAUAUGCAGAAGUUUUAACGUCCAAUAUGAAUCAGCUUCUGAAUUCUGGUGUUCCACGGAGAAUUCUUCAAACUGUCAACAAGUUAUGGAUGGUUCUUAAUACUGUGAUGCCAAGAAGGCUGUGGGUAAUGACGGUUAAUGCACUCCAACCUUCCAUAAAGUUUAUACGACAACAGAAAUAUACCCAGAAUGAUUUGAUGAUAGAUCCUCUCAUUGUCUUGAGGUGUGACCGAAGGGUCCACAGGUGUCCUCCACUAAUGGAUGUUACUUUACACAUGCUGAAUGGGUAUCUCCUUGCCUCUAAAGCUUACCUUAGUGCCCAUCUGAAGGAAACAGCAGAGCAGGAUAGACCUUCCCCGAAUAAUACAGUAGGCUUGGUUGGACAGACUGAUGCCCCAGAAGUGACCAGAGAAGAACUGAAAAAUGCAUUACUGGCUGCUCAGGACAGUGCGGCUGUCCAGAUUCUCUUAGAGAUUUGUUUGCCUACUGAAGAGGAAAAGGCAAAGGCUGCCAAUUCAGACAUCUCCCUCAGGAACACUCAGGGUGUCAUUACCAUUGGCACCCCAAAUAAAGACACAGAAGAAGGAGAAGACAGUUUGCUUUGCAACCUUCGAGAAGUUCAGUGCCUUAUCUGUUGCCUGUUGCACCAAAUGUACAUUGCUGAUCCCAACAUUGCUAAACUUGUUCACUUUCAGGGCUAUCCAUGUGAACUUCUGCCUCUAACAGUCGCAGGGAUCCCAUCUAUGCACAUCUGUUUGGACUUCAUACCGGAGCUUAUUGCCCAGCCGGAACUUGAAAAACAGAUAUUUGCUAUACAGCUGCUUUCUCACUUGUGUAUCCAGUAUGCAUUACCGAAGUCACUAAGUGUGGCUCGCUUAGCUGUCAAUGUCAUGGGGACUUUGCUAACAGCAGUUCUAACACAAGCUAAGCGGCAUUCUUUUUUCAUGCCGACUCUUCCAAGUUUGGUCUCCUUUUGCCGAGCAUUUCCUCCACUGUAUGAGGAUGUUAUGUCUUUGCUCGUUCAAAUAGGACAAGUGUGUGCCUCUGAUGUUGCCACUCAGACAAGAGACAUUGAUCCGAUCAUUACCCGUCUUCAACAAAUAAAGGAGAAACCUAGCGGAUGGUCUCAAAUUUAUAAAGAUGCAUCUUACAAACAUGGAUCCAGGGACACUGGAAGCAUGGAUCCUGAUGUCCAGCUCUGUCAUUGUAUUGAAAGCACAGUAAUUGAAAUAAUAAACAUGAGUGUUAGUGGGAUUUAAAAAAAGACAGGUUUUAAAUGCAGCCAUUUGCUGCAUAUACUGAACAGGAUUCUGGACUUUAUGAGAACUCUAAACUGAAUGAGAACAGUGAGAUCUUGGAAUUGCUGAAGUGAUUCAGUUCAGCAGAGUAUAAUUUAGAACUCUCUGAGAAUUUACUUGUUUGUUUGAUUGGCAUAUCUUUGGAUCUGCUCUGAUGGUAUGUUUAUAUUGAAGCAGCUGAACUUCUUUUCCAUUGGGCACACUUUAAGAAACUUGUCCCUGGUUCAUGUUCUCAGCUGUUUGACGUGAAGACAGUGCCAGGCUUUUCAUUUAAUCUCUUAAAAACGAGCCUGUGGAUAGCCCUCAUAUUUGUGAGCUUUUAACAAUUUCAACAGAGAGGAGAGGAAGGAGAAAGAGGGAUGAAGGGCAGGAAUAAUUUAGAAAAAAAUACCACUUAAGUACGUAGAAAUCAUACAGACUUGUAAUGCAAGAAACAGUAUUACAGGUUGAAGUUCUAAUUUGUUAAAAAUAAUAGUAAGAUGGCUUAAAGGAAAAAAAAAAAGGCAGUUAAGCCAGGUGUAGCAGAGCAUGCCUUAAAUCCCAGCCUGAGGGAGAAAGGGAGCAAGUAGAUCUCUGUCCCAGGCCAGCCUGCUUUACAUAGUGAGUUCCAGGAAAGUCAGAGCUACAUAGUGAGACCCUGUCCAAAAACAAUAAGUAAAUAAACUAUUAAAUGACUGCCUUGGAAUUACAGAUGAAGAUAGAAGGAUUUCACAAAUCUGCUUCAACUUUUCCUAAUAUAUGAAGCCAUAUGUUUAAAGAGAUACUUGAAUAAUUUGAAAUUUUAAGAUACUGAUUAUAGUUACAGAAACAUCUUUGUUUUGUGCAAAGAAGAACCUGAAGUGAAUUUCAUUUAUUCUUUUUAAAAUUUAUUUUUAUAAUACUCUAUUAUCUAAUUCUCAGAGGAGCAGACAUGUAUCCAAUUAAAUGAACUUUAGAGCAACAACCUCAACUGUGCUCUCGGUUCGUCGCCAGGAUUGUAAUUCACAUUUUACUCUGAGGAGAAUUUGUAAGAAAAUACAGUGUUUGAACCUCAGGAAAACGAUAGUGUGGUAAAUGCUGUGUUGCUGACUUUUGCAGCCCUCUGUUAGGAGCUUCACGAUGAAGGAGAUGCAUUCAGAUAACCAUAAUCAUUUUUUAAAUUAAGUAGCCAAUGUAGAAGGUACUUCUUUGCUGUGUGAGAAAUACCUCAGUCAUUUGCCACCCCACUCAAAGCAGACCUCUGGUUAAAACAGGUAGUAAGCUAAAAGGGAAGUUUGUUUUUUUACAAAAAAAAACUUUAGCUUCAUCCUUUCCACGUGGACAUAGUCACAUCUCAUUUUCCUUUUCACUCCUGACCCUACCUCAUGUAGGUAUUCUAUUAAAGACACGUUUAUAGCUGUUUCCAAUCAUGAAGUGCAUAGUGUGCAUGGUGGAAUAUAUAUGUAUAUAUAUAUAUACAUAUAUAUAUAUAACUUUUUAUUAGAUGCUUAAUGUUCAAUUAAGUGAUUUUGAUGUGAAGAGUAAGAAUAUGCUUUAAAGAUAGACCACAGGAAUUUCAUAUUUUCAAUGAGACAGUUUUGUAGUCUCUUAACUGCUCCUGUUUUGUUUUUAAAUGAGGCCUUUCUGGAAUAUUUUGUGUGAAUAGUAGAAUCCUUUAGGAAUUCUGAAAUGUUUGAAGUAUGUUUUGUAAUGAAAUACAGUACACAUUUUGUGGAUCAAUUUUCCAAGACUAGUCAUAACCUACUGUGUUAAAGUAAUAACAUAGCCUAUUUUUCAUCUGAUUUGUUGAUGAUGUAAAUAAAAUGUGUAAAUAAUAUUAGUAAAUGUUAAUAUUCAUGUAUCUUAAGUUAAGGUUAUAAACUUUGUCACAAUGUGAUUUUUUUUUUAUUCCAGUCAAAACAGAUGUGUGCAACUAUUUUGGAUAUUGAUUUAUAAACAUUCAUUCUUUAUCAAUGAA